AUGUCGGACAGGAAAGGCGUACAAGAGUCUGAUAUUGCACGGCCUCGGCGGAAUUCAAGGCAUCAGUCUCCCAUUCCGAGAUCCACAAUCCUUCUGGCCUCGUUGGUCGCGUUCUUGGUCGGUUACAAUUUUGUUCCCAAGGUCACAAUAUCUCAAGGCACAUUCAUUGGCACGCUAUUGGAAAGCAACAAUCAUCCGGUACCUAUCGAGGCAUUCCUUGGCAUUCGGUACGCAGAGCCACCAGUUGGAGAACGACGAUUUGCUCGAGCUGUACCUCUGCCGGAUAGCAAUGCUACGAUUCAGGCUACGGAAUACUCUUCACGUUGUCCUGGGAAACAGCUACUCCGGAUCCCAGCGACACCUUGGCUCGAACCGUCCGAAGACUGCCUGACUCUCAAUGUCUUUCGAUGGAGAGGCAGCUUCCAGAACGCCAAGUAUCCCGUCCUCGUAUAUUUCCAUGGAGGUGCCUUCAACAGAGGCUUCGCUGCCAUGCAUGAUACCGCCUCUAUGCUGGCCAAUUCCGAAGAGCCCUUCAUUGCAGUAUCCUUCAACUACAGGAUUGGCGCCUUGGGCUUCUUGAACAGCCAGCUUACAGCCAAGGAGGGUCAGCUCAAUCUCGGACUGCACGACCAGAAGCUGGUACUCGAAUGGGUUCAGAAGCAUAUCGAAGCUUUUGGCGGUGACCCGAACGAUGUAACAAUCGCUGGUCUUUCGGCCGGUGCCCACAGCAUCGGCCAUCAUAUCUUCGACAUCAAUGAGAAGAGAGAGCUCUUCCACAAAGCCGUCAUCGAGUCCGGCGGCGCAACAUCAAGAGUCGUCCACCCAGCAGACUCCAAGCUUCACCGGGUCCAAUUUGAGAAAUUUGCCGCUGAAGUGGGAUGUGACCUCCAGGAAGAAGCUUUGAUUCUGCCAUGCCUUCGCCAGGCUUCCACGGAGGCCGUCCAGGCUGCCCAAAGCAAGAUUUUCGAUGAAUACAAUCCUAGCGUGAGAUGGGCCUGGCAGCCAGUUCUCGACGAUGAGAUUAUAUCUCGCCGACCACUCGAUGCAUGGAAGUCUGGCAGAUGGCACAAAGUCCCAAUCAUGACUGGCUUCAACCAUAAUGAAGGUACCAUGUACGUGCCCAAGAAGAUGUCCGACAGCAGCGAAUUUACCAGCUUCUUCGCGACACUUCUGCCACAGCUGAGCAAGAGUGAUCUCAAGGCCUUGAACGAGCUUUACCCAGAUCCUGCCAUGGACAAGGCAUCCCCAUACGUUGACACGAGGAACAUAUCCGCGCUUGGGGUUGGCAAACAAUAUAAGCGAGUCGAGGCAGCCUACGGCCAGUAUGCUUAUGUGUGCCCCGUGCGCCAGACAGUCAAUUAUGCCAGCCAAGGCCAGGGGCCAUCAGUGUAUCUCUACCACUGGGCUCUGAACAGGACCGUCCUCGGUGGUGCAAACCACGGUGACCAAAUCUUCUACGAAACAAUGUCGCCCCUCGUGCGUGAAAUCUCAGCGACUCAGGAUGAGCUCGCCAAGAAGUUCCUGUCUUACGUGACCUCAUUCAUAACCACUGGUGAUCCAAACGCUCUUGAAGGACGGAAAGCAGUGCAGAGACCCAGAUGGGAGCCAUUCAGCAGGUCUGAUGGUGGUGGUCGAACCAUGAUCUUUGGUCUCGGCAACGACGAACCGGCCGGCGGGGACAAUGUUGGGGUUGCUGCUCAAUUUGUACACGAUCAGUGGGCGAAAGGAGCUUGCGGUUUCUGGUGGGCAAAGUCAGAGGUUCCGGAGGACUAA